GUCGGGUGGACGUCGUAGGAGGAGCAGCCAGAUAGAGGCUGCGGGGAGAGCUGGUCGCGUGAGUUGCGGCAGCUCCACCUCAGGUGUGUUAGGCAGCUGAGGCCAGGCUAGCAGAGCAACAGAGAGUACAUCCCCCAUCUGGGUGAGCGCGGUCACUAUGGACCGCCCAGAUGAAGGGCCUCCAGCCAAGGCUCCUCGCCUGAGCAGCUCAGAGCCCCCUCAGCGUGACCCGCCGCCGCCGCCGCCGCCGCCGCCGCUUCUGCGACUGCCCCUGCCUCCACCGCAACAGCGCCCACGGCUCCAGGAGGAGACCGAGGCGGCACAGGUGCUGGCCGAUAUGAGGGGGGUGGGACUGGGCCCUUCUCUGCCCCCGCCGCCACCCUAUGUCAUUCUGGAGGAGGGAGGGAUCCGCGCGUAUUUCACCUUGGGUGCUGGGGGUCCAGAAUGGGAGCCCGCUAUGGAGUCGGGUUUUGGGGAUCCGAUCCCUCCCACGGGAAACCUGGAAGCCCUCUCCCCUUCCGAGCCUUCCGGGGGGAGCCUGGCGAUUGAUUUUCAGGAUCUGGAACCCGGCAGCUUCGCUGAGGAGAAGGUCCUGGAAACCUGUAGCUCAGAGGGGUGGGCGCCCCAGAUGCUAGCCGGUCCGGAGGGGGAGGGGGAGGCAGUGAUCAUAGUGGAAGAUGACGAUGAGGAGGAGGCGAAGGAAAGUGGGAAACGCCGGCGGAGGCGGCGGAGGCGACGGAGGAAGCAGAGGAAGGUGAAGGAAAGCGAAGAAGAGAAUGCGGAGAAGAUAGAGUGCGUCCUGCAAGCGCUGGAGAACAUUCAGCUGGACCUGGAGGCGGUGAACAUCAAGGCAGGCAAAGCCUUCCUCCGUCUCAAGCGCAAGUUCAUCCAGAUGCGGAGACCCUUCCUGGAGCGCAGAGAUCUCAUCAUUCAACACAUCCCAGGCUUCUGGGUCAAAGCAUCACUCCUUGACCUAAACUGCUCCCUCCAUCAGUUCCUCAACCACCCCAAAAUUUCAAUCUUGAUCAGCCAACGCGAUGAAGACAUUUUCCGCUACCUGACCAAUCUGCAGGUACAGGAUCUCAGACAUAUCUCCAUGGGCUACAAAAUGAAGCUGUACUUCCAGACAAACCCCUACUUCACAAACAUGGUAAUUGUCAAGGAGUUCCAGUGCAACCACUCUGGUCGUCUGGUAUCUCACUCUACUCCAAUCCGCUGGCACCGGGGCCAGGAGCCCCAGGCGCACCGUCAGAAAAACCAGGACGGCAGUCACAGUUUCUUCACCUGGUUCUCAAACCACAGUCUCCCAGAGGCUGACAGGAUUGCUGAGAUUAUCAAGAAUGACCUGUGGGUUAACCCUUUGCGUUACUAUAUGAUGGGAGAAGGGGGCUACAGGACAAACAAAAAGAAGCAAGAAAAGGGGAAAAGACUUUCCCGCAGUAAAAACAGGGAUGGAUAUGAAGUGGUGAUCUUGGAAGACUAUGACGACUAUCAUAUAAUGGAAGAUAUUGUCAGCGAUACUUCAGACAGUGAUAUUAUUACUGACUUCGAGACCAUUAAUGACGUCAAGAUCUCUGACUUCAUGGAGACCACUGACUGCUUUGAAACCACUGACAAUGAGCUAACUGACAUUAAUGAGACCUUCUGUGACAAUGACAGUCCUAACUACAAUGAGAACCCCAACAUUGAGACCACUGACACCAGUGAGAGCCCUGAUGACAAUGAUGCCAUUGCUAACAAUGAGAGUUCUGAUGACAGUGAGAAUGGCCAUGACACUGAGUAUCUCUUUGCUGGUAACAACAGCAGUGAGAACCCUGAAAGCAACACUAAUAACAAUGAAGAGAACCCCAAUGACAGUGAAAAGAACUCUGACUACUAUGAGAAUGCUGAUAGUGGCAAUGAGAACCCCAAAGGUGACAUUAAUGAUAGCAACCCAGACAGUAGUGACAGUGACAAUGAAGGAACUGAGGACAGUGAUGAUGAAGAUAAUGAUGACAAUGAAGGCAGCGAUGAUGACGGCAAUGAAGGUGACAAUGAAGGCAGUGAUGAUGAUGAUGAUGACAGAGACAUUGAAGACUACCACAAUAACAUUGAAAACCCUGUCAAGAAUCAGUCUACCAACAACCAGAAUGGAUAUGAGAGUGAGGUAGAGAACAUUUCUGAAGACUCAUCAUCAUUGGAGGAAGAAGAGGAGCAGGACAGUGAGGAAGACAGCGAGCUGGAAAGUGAAGACAGCAAUGAAGAGGAAGAAGAAAGCAGUGAGGACGAAGGAUCUGAAGAAGACUCCGACAUAGAGGCGGUGCUUCUGGUCCAGAAUGAUUGGGCCAACCCCGGGAAAGGAGGCAGAACCGGAUAAACGUUUUAUCCUUGUGUGGGUCGCCUCUCUAUUAUCCCAUUUCUCUCCUUCCCCAUCUGCCCACCCCUUUAGCUAGGGCCAUGCGGUCCCAUACUGCGCUUCUGGGGGGCUUACCGACUUCGUACACGGGUUUAAAGUUUAUUUUUGUGGUUUAGUAAUUGCAGGGUUCUUAUUUUGGAGGAAGGAAAGGGAGGAUUUCCCCCUUUUGACCCUCCCCCACCCCACAGGCUUCUGUGUGCUGCUAAAUGUAUUUAUUGUGAUGCCUUGGUCAGGGCCCUUCUAUCCCCCUCCUUGUGCUUUGUGGAGUGAACAUCCUUGAUCCCCAAGUGGGGAGGGCUAUUGUGCCCUUGAAGGGCUCUGUGGCCACCUUGUUCUCCCAAGUCUUUCUCUUUACCUUCAGCCCCAGCCUUUCCCACCUGUGCCCGCAAGCAAGCCUGCCAUGGUGUCUGUGCAAGGCCACUUCAUCACUGCGGUAUUUCAGUCCCCCUCCCCCAGAAGCCCCGCCUCCUUCCCUGUGAACCCCGUUAAUCCUAAUAAAAGUCUAAGCAAAUUCAA